AUGCUGCCAACCUACUUCAUCUUAAUUAGCACUCUUAUCGGAUAUAUUUCCAGUGCUGAGAUUGAUGCAGGACCACAGUUCAGUCCUCUAACACCAUAUCAAACUGCGGAUUCAUUACCGCCACCGGUUUAUGGCUUACUGGAAGGUCGAUCCGAUAUUGAUGGAACUCUUAUAAAUCCUAAAUCAAUUUACAAUUGGAAAAAUUAUCACAGUAGCAAACAAAGGAAUGAUGAAAUUUCAGAAUUAUCUUAUAAAAAGCGGUUAUCACCUGCAUCAUCAAAGAAGAAGCAAAAGAAAAACUGGAAAAUACCACCUGGUGCUAAGCUUGUUGGUUACAAUAUGCAACUGGUAGCAGGUUAUGUACCAACAACAUACUUCAACAAUCGUAAUCAGAAGAAUGAUGAAAGAAGAUUGGAAUCACGAUCUUCUCCAACAUCUUCGGAUAUUUAUUCAAAAUAUCGUCCUGGUUACAAUAUGAAUAUGACCAAGAAUUACGAUACUGAUGAAAAAAGUAAUGAAAUGGAUACAGUGACUAUUGAAGUAGAUGUGCUGAAGACUGAUGGUGAUGACGAGUUAUUAAAGGAUGAAUCAAUCCUGCACACAAACUUUACUCGCAGGGAAAGUAGCUUUCUCGAAAAGCAGGAAGAGUCCACCAGCACUGAUGCUACUACUAACAUUACCAUUGGGUUAGUCAAUCUCAAUGGCUUCCUAUGGCCAAUUGCGGAAACCAAACUGAAAGCCGAGAAACAGAAGGAAGAAAGCAUUUCUGCAAGUCAAUCAGAUUCUGAUGCUACUACUUUUGUGGGUCCCAUUGAGCAUGAUCUUUCAGUCUUGCAGAAAAACAUGUACAAUACCGCAACAGUAAAAUUAGAUUCCGAUGAUACAAUGGAUCGAAUAGAUGAUGAUCCGAUUCCGGUAUUUCAGUCAACCGCAGAGACCGAUGAUGCUGGAAGCACAUCAUUAGAGAGCGACAAUCUAAGUGAACCUCAACUUACAAUCUUACAAAACAUAAACUCGAUGAAAAAAUAUAAUGACGAAAUGAUGAGAAAUUCAACCUCAAUCCCAAAAAUGCCUCAAUCGCGAAAAGGAAUAGAAAAAGCAGAACAAGAAAUUCCUUUUUUCCGGCAACUUCAAAUGAAUUAUACUGAUAGUCAGGCUGAAUCAGAAACAGAGAUAUCUCGGACAAGAUUAUUACCAGUAACAACACUAAAAUCCGGUGAUACAAUUAUCCAGAUUUCAGAAUCCAAUGAACGUGAAAGAGCAAUGGGGGAUAUUAAACUAUCAGAUAUUCACGUUACCACUCCCUCAAGUUCACAGAAUUCAAUGUCAGUAACAAUGUCCAAUGCUGUUACUGUGGCGCGAACAAUAAUGAUGAACGUCGAAUCUUCUGAAUUUGAUAAUGAAGAUGAAAACAGCGAUAAAGUAGAACAAAAUGAUGAUAAUACAGAUUUUGAAAAUCCGGAAGAAUUUUCAAAAAUACAACUUGCCGGUGAGGAAGGACAUGGGAUGAGCGAGAAACUGAAUUCUGAGCAAGUUUCUAGAAACGUAACUGGUAAUGAUGAACAUGAGGAGCUGUCUCAAGACGAAAACAGUAAGAAUGAUAACAAUGAACGAUGGCCACAAGACAAAUCAACUGAAGUGAAAAAUAAUAGUGAAGAAGCAAAUAGCAAAAAUAAGGAAGGAGACUUCAGAGAUGAUUAUGAUACGAGUGAUAAUGGCGAUGAUAAUAAUAAUAAUGAUCAUGGUAAUGAUAAUGACGAUGUUAGUAGUGAUAAUAAUGAUGAUGAUGAUGAUGAUGGUAAUAAUAAUAAUAAUGAUGAUAGUUCGAGAAUGAUUAAAGACAGUGAAGAUGAAAUGACUCAGUCACAGGAGAAUGACGAAGAAAAACAAGGAAGAAUUAGUGCACCCAUUUUCUCUCCGGAGCAAAUUCCAACUUUCGAGGAGUGGUUAUUCAGCUUGCCGAUACAACAUGCUUUCCCAUUCAAUGCCAGAAAUCAACCGUUAGCUAAUCCUAUUCACUCAUCCUUUUCCAGAUCAGUUAAUCAGAAAAAUAGAAAAGGAAAGAAUAAACAAGAAAGGCAACGUCUACAUUCUGGGAAAAAACAAAAAGCUCCAAUAUAUGAUUAUGAUAGUUCUGAGGAUGACGAUAAAGAACAAUUUCAAGAACAACGAUUUACGUUAUCAAGAAAUGUACCAUAUGAAUAG